GAUCUGCGUUYAUUGAACACCAAUACAAUGGSGAAAAGCAAGUAUUCACAGCUCAGCCUCGACGAUUUCAGCGACGACGAGAGCGUCGAGGACGGGACGCAUCACAACGGAAACGGCAGCGCCAACGACGACCAYGACGAGUACGUUCGCAACCAGCAGGUGCUGAUGCAGCAGCAGGACGCCGGCCUCGACAUGCUGUCCGAGUCCAUCUUUCGGCUGGGAGAAAUGUCCAACAACAUCUCGGAAGAGCUGGGCCAGCAAAACAAGAUGCUGGACGCGAUGGAAACGGACCUGGACCACGCCGGGGACGAGCUUGACAUCGUGACGAGGUCGACCAAGGAGCUGAUCGCCCGGAGCGGGGGGGGCUCGACCUUUUGCCURAUCGCGGUGCUKUCGAUCGURGUGCUGGUGCUGCUGGUCCUCAUUAUAUACGGKUGAACGCGGACCGCGGCGCAAACU